AUGAGCAAUCCGCGGCUACAGGACACAACGUCCCCCGACCAGGUGGUCGACAUUUCGGCCACUCCCCCCUGUGACGUCCACAACGGGACGAGCUACGGGUUCUCCUCCGCCGUCGGAUCCCUUAUCUCUUCGACAAUAUUGACGGCAGCGAUUAUUGCAUCCUGGUACCUGUCGAACAUCUGCGUCCUCCUCCUCAACAAGUACCUCAUCAACUUCUACAGCUUCCGCUACCCCAUCUUCCUUACAAUGCUCCACAUGAUCUCAUGCGUCGUCUACAGCUACGUCGCCAUCCACCUUCUCGAGAUAGUGGCACAUCAGAACAUCCUCUCCAGCCGCCAGUUUUUCAAGAUCCUCGCACUCUCCGCCAUCUUCUACUUCUCCAUCUGCGGCAACACCUCCCUCCACUACCUCCUCGUCUCUUUCAACCAGGCCAUCGGUGCCACCACCCCCUUUUUCACUGUCAUUUUUGUGUUCGUUAUCACGUGUAAAAAGGAGUCCACCGAGGUUUACGGUGCCCUCCUCCCAGUUGUUUUGGGAAUCGUGUUAGCCAGUAACAGCGAGCCGCUGUUUCAUCUGUUCAGUUUUUUGGUAUGCGUGGGUUCCACCGCCGGCCGAGCGUUGAAAUUGGUGGUGCAGGGGAUUUUACUCACCUCGGAUUCUGAGAAGCUCCACUCCAUGAACUUGCUCCUCUACAUGGCGCCAAUGGCGGUCUGCAUCCUCCUCCCCUUCACUCUUUACAUCAAGGGUAAUGUGGCGGCGGAGACGGUGAAGAAAGCGAGAACCGACCCCUUCAUUUUCUUCAUGUUGCUAGGGAACGCUACGGUGGCCUAUUUGGUUAACUUGACCAAUUUCUUGGUGACCAAGCACACCAACGCCCUCACACUACAGGUUCUCGGCAAUGCCAAGACGGCGGUGGCGGCAGUCAUUUCAGUGUUGAUAUUCCGGAACUCGAUCACGGUUAUGGGAAUGACGGGGUCUGUGGUGACGGUGCUUUACAGUGAGGCAAAGAAAAGGUCAAAAAUUACAGCUCAUUGGUAG